UUUUCACCUGUAUUUUUCCUCAGUCUUAGCCACGGUCACACCAAUUGUUUAAUGUCAAAAAAGAAAUUUAAAUAAAUAAAUAAAUUGAUCGAUAUGAAGGAUUUCUGCCGCACUUGCGGCCAGACCAUUGUAACGGAUCAGUGCCUGCAGAUCUUCUCGCGGGAGGGGCGGAAACUAUUGCACUGCGUGCGAUCUAUCACAAACUGCUGGCUGCAAAAUGACCAGGACUCACCUAGCUUCAUGUGCCCGGAUUGCCAGGCGCUGCUCAAGCAGGUGCAAAGGUUUCGCCGCCGGUGUGCCAAGAUUGAGAAGUAUCUUGUCAGACGGCGGGCUAAGAUGAAUCUCGGUGAGGGUCCCGCUUCUGUAGCCCUGCAACUUCCCGUGCAACAAAUAGGAGCACCCGAUCCCCUGGGCAUUGAUGAGUUGCUGACGCCAAUUGAUGUUAAGGUGGAGCCCAUGCAGGAACACAAGGAGGAGGAAGACGCCGAGGCGUAUCUAGAGGAUUAUUCCGAUGAAGAUGGCUUUGACAAUGAUCCCAGCGAAGAUUUCUUGCCUUUACCAGAGGACUACGGAGAGCCACAGACUGCAAGGGUGACCACCGCCGAAAGCAAUCAGGACCAACCAAAAGAUAAGUCCAAAACCAGAUCCAGCAAGCACACAAUGCGCCUGGGUAGGAAGCUAAUCCACGUCAAAGUGAUCGACGACAAGCAGCCGAAGCGCAUUGUGGACCGAAACGGACAGACCGCCAAGCCGUGCAUCUGUGAGCACUGCGGACGCCAGUUUAGGGACACCAGUAAUCUCAAUGUCCAUCUGCUGCGGCACACGGGAACCAAGCCCUUCGAAUGCGAACAGUGCCACCAGAAGUGCUACACACUCCACCUUCUGCGACGCCACCAGCUCAAGCACACGGAAGGACCAUACGCCUGCACCUUCUGUGGACUGGAGUAUAGCACCAACAGUUCGCGUGUGAGACACGAAAGAGAGGCAUGUAAGAAGGGACGCGCCCCGCAAUCCAAGUGGGAGAUCAUCAAGAAGGGCGAACGCACUUUCCACUGCGAAGUGUGCGAUCUGUGGUUCCUGCGUGCUGGAAACUUCACUCAGCACAUCAACUCCAGCAGUCACAUUGAAAAUGAACGCAGGAAGCAACGUAAAACGAAAAUAGUCCAAUCCUUGGACAUAGUUACAUAAAACAGAAAUUCGGAUAAGAAAACAGUUUUUCAUUAAAUUUCAACAAUUUGA